CACCAUUGAACUUCCAUUUUUUUCAUUAAUUAUCAUUACUUUAUUAUUAUCAUUUAUUAUUAUAUAAUCCUCAAUCCACCACUCCCAUAAACUCCCCAACCCCAAACACUCUCUCUCUCUCGUCUUUGUUCACACCACAAAAAUUAAAAGUCGUGUUUGGCUCGAGAGAAAAUAUUAAGGAUGAUGAGGAAAGAAGAUCUGGGUUUGAGUCUGAGUUUGAGUUUCCCUUAUAGUCAUCACCUAAAUCUAACCCAUUCUUCUGCUAAUACUUGUUCUUCUCAUUCUGGUGUCCCCCUUCAAAAACCCUCAUGGAACGAUGUCGUCUCUCCUCCUCCAGAUCCUAACUCUGGAUAUUUCCCGACCACCGAGGCUAGAACGUUUCUUAGAGGAAUCGACGUGAACCGGUUCCCGUCAACAGUCGACGGUGAAGAAGAAGCCGGGGUUUCAUCUCCGAACAACACAAUCUCGAGUGUGAGCAGAAAAAGGAGUGAAAGAGAAGAGAAUGGAGGCAUCGGUGAUGACGAAGAUGGCGACACUUCAAGAAAAAAGCGAGUGCUAGUCACAUGCCGUCCUCGAAACGUCCCCAGCGAGCACCAAAACGUCCCCCGUAUCGUUCGGCCGUGCCCUACCACCGUGGCACGUCCCCGGUACAUACCCCGACCGUCCCCAUACCGUCCCCGUACCAGGGAUGUUUCGGGUACUUGAAACGUCCUUCCUCUGCCGUCCCCGUGCAACAUAGCUUAUAAGAGAAUGCUUCAUUCUCAGAGGAAAUGAGAGUUAACUAUGAGAGACUACUUGAUGAAAAUCAAGUCUGUUUGUGACAAUCUAGCUAGCUGUGGAGAGAUAAUAUCAGAACAUGAACAUAUCACUGCUAUUCUGAAUGGGUUACCACCUGAGUUUGAACCGAUUAUCAUUAUUAUAACUGCUACUCCCACUCCUCCAGAUUUAAGGUAUGUGAGCACCAUACUCUUAGAUGCUGACACUAGACAGUCACAGUCCUUUAAUCAUGUCACAGCUUGUGCUCAUGUUACUACUCAAGCUACAAAUGAUCAAGUGGUCUCUAGUAAUAAGUCACAGUCUGAGUACCAAAACAAGAGUGAAUUUCUUGAUAAUGAUGGUCAAAAUUUCAAUAAUAAUAUCAGUAAUAGGGCUAGAGGUCGAGGGCGUUUUUCAUCCUCUAGACCACAAUGUCAACUUUGUGGCAGAAUGGGACACCUUGUUGAAAAAUACUACUAUAGGUUUGACAUGAGCUACAAGAAUGAGUCAUCUCGACCUCCACAAAAUAGCAAUAAUAGAGGCUAUUCUAAUGUUCAAGCCAAUGUCAACUCAUAUAAUUCAAGCAAUGACAACUUCACUCCUUAUAAUUUCCCCUAUAACUCGAUGUAUUAUGGCUCUUCACCCUCGAUAACAGCCCCUCAAGGUUUUGUUUUUCAUCCACAGGUUUUUCCCUUUAAUUUUCACCAUCAGGUUUGCCCACCUCCUUACAAUAUGCACUCAUUUUCUUCUAGGCAUCCAUCACAAUCCACAGCUUCUACUCAAUCUCAUGUCCCAUCUCAAGCUUACAUAGCUACACCUGAAACAGUAGAUGAUAAUGCUUGGUAUCCAGAUUCUGGAGGAACACAUCAUAUAACUAAAGACCUUAACAAUUUACAGUUUAAAGACACUCACCCUGGAACAGGUAGUGUGA